CAACUGUGAAAAAUCCAUGGAUCAGUUUGUGGAAUCCAGAUGUUCACAAGAUAGUCCCAUGUCUUCCAAUUCAUCAUCUGGAGGUUUUCAAGACACAUGGGCAGAGAGAAAAUCUGUGCUGCAGUGUAAUAAGUACAUGUUGCUGAAUAAAGAGGGAUGUGAUGUCACUUUCCUUGUGGGUGCGAAUAGCACACCCAUUAAAGCCCACAAGUAUGUGCUGGCAAGCAGGAGCCCUGUAUUUUUUGCCAUGUUUCUAGGACCAGCAAAGGAGUCUUCUGAUGAAAUCAUAGUACCUGAUAUUGAAGAUCUUGUAUUUGAGAAGUUUUUAAGGUACGUUUACUUUGAAGAUGUCAAGAUUUUGGAUGGUGAUAACGUCUUGCAUGUAUUGUAUGCAGCUAAGAAAUAUUCCAUGAAAGGUCUGGAAUCCAAAUGUAGAGAAUUUCUUGUUCAACACCUCAACACUGAGAAUGUUUGUGUCAUUCUAGAAAGUUCUCAUACUUUUGGGAAUGGUAUUAUGGAAGAGAAAUGUUUGCAGCAUAUAUUAAGAAAUGGUGACAGGGUUUUGCAGUCACCGUCUUUCUCUGACCUCUGUAGGAAAUGUGUGAAGACGAUCAUUUCAAGCAACGAUCUGGAAGCAGACGAGGCUGUUGUGUUUAAGGCUGCUGUAAAAUGGGCCGGAGCAGUUUGCUGCCGAAAAUGUUUAACCCCAAUAGACAGGAAUAUUAGAAAAGCACUGGGUGAUAUUUUGUUUGAGAUUCGUUUUCCCAUAAUGCAGUUGUCAUUCUUUGCAGACAAGGUGGCUUCUAGUAACAUUCUGAUACAAAAAGAGAAAAUUGCUUUGUAUGAAUAUCUGUGCAGGUCUGAUACUUCAGAUGCAAAAUUAGAGAUUCCAUUCAAUAUGGAAUACAGAAAAAAUAAGAGUUUUCUUGUUUGCAAGCGAUUUAACCACUUGUCUGCAAUUUGUGAUUGGGAAAAUGCAGGGCGCAAGAACUCCAUAGCAUUUUCCUGCACUCGAGCAAUUUGGAUGCAUGGUAUAAUGAUGUACGAAUCAUCUUCACUGGAUGCCUGUGAAAAUUCUGUCAUAGUGAGAAAUGAACUAGGAGAAGUAAUGUAUAACUCAGAUGAAAAAAGAAACACAAGAAGAGAAUUUGCAGGAGGAAAGAUGUAUAACCUUUUCUUUGGGGAAAGGCUAAAGAUUCAGCCACUGAAAUUCUAUACGAUAUCAGUCAAAAGCAUGGGUCCAAAGAGCUAUCAUGGAGAGGGUGGUAAACGUUACGUGUCAUGCGGCCCAUUUAGAUUCGAAUUUCGGGACAGUUGCACAGAGAAGGUUCCUUUGUUAUCCACUUUGGGACAACCUGUAAAUGUUCAAGAAACCACCCAAUCCACAGGGCAGAUCCCAGGAAUCAUCUUCUCCAGUUGGUUAUAAGAAAGUUAACCACCCCCUGAAAGUGAAGUUCUCCAAUAGGAUCAACACAUUUCUAACAAACCUUAACAGCCUGUUUUUCUGGUGUAAAACUGGUUGAGACAGCAUGGAAUCCAUGCACAGGAUGUUUUCAAGGGUUUG